CAACGUUGUAUAACCUGCGUUGAUUGACGUAAUGCAAAUACUUGUGCAUCAGUGACGUCUGUAGGGCGUUACUGACUCUAAAUUUUUAUAAGAUGUCUGAUAUUCUUGUGGAGGCAGUGAAGGGGGCAGCAGCCCACCCUCGGCCAGAGGGCAUCAAGUUUGCCUACGGCACUGCUGGCUUCAGGGACAAGGCAACCAUUUUAGACUCUGUCAUGUACCGUAUGGGGCUGCUUGCUGCAUUGAGGUCAAAGGCUAAGAAAGCCACUGUAGCUGCCAUGAUUACAGCAUCACAUAACCCUGAGCCUGACAAUGGAGUCAAGCUGGUGGAUCCUAUGGGUGAGAUGUUGGAAGCAGCCUGGGAGAAACAUGCCACAGACCUGGCAAAUGCAAAAGAUGAGGACAUUGGAUCUGCCUUACAGAGGAUCAUUGAUGCUGUGGACAUUGACAUCAGUCUUCCUGCAGAUGUCUUUGUUGCCAGGGAUACCAGGCCAAGUGGACCACCUCUCACACAAGCUCUACUGGACGGGCUGAAGGUCAUGGGGUCAACUUUCACUGAUUUUGGGAUACUGACAACUCCUCAGCUGCACUACCUAGUGCGUUGCCACAACAGCAAGGGUGCCUAUGGGGAGCCAACAGAAGAUGGCUACUACAAGAAGCUAGCCGAAGCCUUCCUUAAACUGAGGGAAGGUGGUACAAAGAAGAAGUAUGUACCAGAUGUGAUUCUAGAUGGUGCUAAUGGAGUCGGUGCACUGAAGACGAGGAAACUACAGGCACACCUGAAUGACACCCUGAAGAUAACAGUCUGUAAUGAUGGGUCUUCUGGGAAACUCAAUGAGAAGUGUGGAGCAGACUUCGUGAAGGUACAGCAAAUGCCACCAGCAGGUAUGGAUAUUCAGCCAGGCCAGAGGUGUGUGUCCUUUGAUGGUGAUGCAGACAGAGUUGUGUUCUUCUACCUAAACAAAGAUGGAGUUUUCAAUCUCUUGGAUGGAGACAAGAUUUCAACAUUGAUUGCUGGUUACCUGGGCGAGCUUGUGUCAGCCUCAGGCCUUCAGCUCAACAUUGGCGUGGUGCAGACAGCGUAUGCUAACGGCUCCUCAACACGCUACCUGGAGGAUGUUAUGAAAGUGCCUGUGUCCUGUGCAAAGACUGGAGUGAAACACUUACACCACAAGGCUUUGGAGUUUGAUGUUGGGGUGUACUUUGAAGCCAAUGGACAUGGAACGGUACUUUUCAGUGACCAAGCAGAGCAAAAGAUCAAGGCUGCCAGCCAGGAUGACAGUCUUGAGUGCAGUAGGAGAGAAGCUGCAACAAGGCUGACCCUCAUGAUGGACCUGAUCAACCAGACUGUUGGGGACGCCAUCUCAGACUUUCUAGUGGUGGAGACCAUCCUGUCCACCCGAGACUGGGCCGCAGACGACUGGAACAUGCAGUACAGGGACCUCCCAUCCAGGCUGCUCAAGAUCAAGGUGAAGGACAGGACAGCUGUCCAGACGACUGAUGCUGAGCGCUGUGCCACGGCACCAGCUGGUCUCCAGGAGGCCAUCAACAAACUUGUCGCUAAAUACCAGCAGGGAAGGUCAUUUGUCAGGCCUUCAGGAACAGAAGACGUAGUCAGGGUGUUUGCAGAGGCAGAUACUCAGGCUAAUGCAGACGUGCUUGCUCAUGAGGUCAGUGUGCAGGUGUACCAGCUGGCAGGGGGAGUCGGGGACCAACCACAGCCUCCCAGCACUUCUUAGAUAAAAUAUGGUCUAUGUGGACAGGUGGUCACUAUGUAGAGUAAGACAGGAUUCUUACUGUUUGUGUCACAUUGGUCAGGUGGUCCUUUAUGUACAGGAUUCACUGUAGGACAGCAUAAUAUAACUAUCAAUCUUCCUGUCAAGUUCAUUUUCUAUGAAAGUCUUGGCACCAGACAUACAUUUUGUACAUAGACAUCUGUGAAGUGGUGGUCGACCCAAAUGGUGGGAUAGUUGACUGCAACAUAAGGCAGCAGCAAACAUUGUCAGAUUUGUGGCAAUGAUAUAUUAGUUCAUGGCUUGCUCUAAGUUGUAUGUCAUGUUUUGAUUGUGCAUGUGAAUAGAAUCAAUGGGCAUGUGGUGCUCUUGCAUUUACAUUACUUUAACACUUUCCUUCUGGCAGCAGCAAGAAGGAAUCCUUAGUGUUAAGUAGACUCAAGUAAAUAAGGGUAAUCACUGACUUGAUGAGGGUAACAAAUUUAUGUGUAAUAGUA